AUGGCCCUUACCUGUGUGGCUCUCAGGCCCCGAAUUCUGUCCACAGGUGUGCCUUCAGGUUCAAGUGCUGCCGCUGGCAGCAAUCGAAGACUCCAGCAGACCCAAAAUCAAGUAGAUGAGGUGGUGGACAUCAUGAGAGUCAAUGUGGAUAAGGUCUUAGAGAGAGACCAGAAGCUCUCGGAGCUGGACGACCGUGCAGACGCGCUGCAGGCAGGUGCUUCUCAGUUUGAAACAAGCGCUGCCAAAUUGAAGAGAAAGUACUGGUGGAAGAACUGCAAGAUGUGGGCAAUAGGGAUCAGUGUCCUGGUGAUUGUUGUCAUCAUCAUCAUUGUGUGGUGUGUCUCUUAAUGAAGAACCAGCGAAACUGAAGCCCACUGUUCAGGACGGUCUUCAAGACUUUCUCCUUAGAACCUGCUGUGUUAUCCAGCUUACCUACUGUUUUUUUCAAGUGAUUAUUUUUGUUAUUUUUCAUACAGUAUAGUGCCUAGAAAGUGUGCCUUUGUUAAUAUACACCUCAAACUGGAGGUGUGAACUACCCUUGCCCACAUUUUGCACAGUGCCUUUACAGACUGGGAAAGAGGACUCCUGCUGUUCCAGAGUGCUGAAAUCUAGAUGGAUGUUGUCACUGAUGGCUCGUGGUGAAUUCCAGGAAGGGGAUUUUGUUCAAGUCAGCUCUCCUCACAUCUGACAUCAUCUUCAAACCACAUUCUAGGCCUGUGGGUAAUUAGAUUCCCAACUUGCACCUUCCAAAAAGAACACUACUGCCUAAGACAAACCAGUGACAAUAACAGCUGUGCCUCGUUUUGAUAACUAGACUCCUUUUCAUCAGGAGGACCCUCCUUUUUAUAAGCACUACUGACUCCUGCUGUAUUUAAGAAGCUGGUGAAGAGCCCGUGCUCAUACGUUAGGUGUGAAGAUGUUUACUUUCUUGUCCUUGUGUUGUAUCAUUUCUAAAAUAGUAUUUUAAUCAAAAAUAACCCUUUAAAAUGUUUUAUAGAACUAUGACCAAAGUUUCUAUUUUGCCAAAAGUUAGAUACAAAUAAAAUGUCAAUAAGUUUGCCCUUAAUAGAUAAGUUCAAAUAAGUGCCAAAUAUAACCCGAGAUGCCCUUCAAGAAAAAGUGUUAAUACUGUGUGAGCCUUCACCAUUUUGACAGUCCUUCCUGUGAAGUGCUGUAGAUAAUGCUACUCAUUCUGACUUGGUUUCUUUCAUAGAGCUAUAGAGGUGAGCUCAAGUC